CCUCCCUCAAUUUCCUUACUUUGAAAGCGAUAACAGCUUAGCUUGACGCAGGCGAGGGACAGCUACUUGCAAGCAGAUACACAAAGGGAGUGGAAGGACCUGCAACUAUGGGAAUCAAACUGUACUACACCACCGUUACUGCCUCACGGACGGUGAAGUCUCAGCAGGCAGAAGUGAUCCGAAUCCUUGAUAGUAAAAGCAUCCAGUACGAGCUGGUCGACAUCUCUGUGGGCGGUGAGCUUCGUGAUGAAAUGAGAAGCAAAGCGGGGAACCCCACGGCAGCCCCCCCACAGCUUUUCAAUGAAGACCAGUACUGUGGGAACUAUGAAAUGUUUUGUGAGGCGGUGGAAGCAGAUGCAGUGGAGCAGUUUCUAAAACUGGCAUGAGGAGGGCCGAGUCUAAUGCUCCAUCUUAACCCCCAUUUCCCCCAUCCAGCUAUCCACCCACCCUGCUCCCUAAUGGAGGACCUUUAUCCAGUCUCUCUCUCUGUAACACUGGCAGUUGUCCACUCACUUUCAAUGCCAUAAUGAAGAAUGCCAAAUAUCUUGUACCCCCCCACCCCCCACCCACUGCACCAUUAGACUUUAAAUCAGUCUUAAUCAGUUUUAUUUUUGUGUUGUAUUUUUCUGUCCUUUUGAUUUGUUUCGGACCUUUUCCCUGUCUGAGUAAGUGUUACAAAGUGCUCGUCCACUAGGAAUCAAUCGGGUGUGUAAAUGUGCUGUAAUUAGGUCGACUAAUCUUGGCCGCGGCCACAUGAUCGCUGGAGAUUAAACUAAUCCACUGGAUGACAACAUUCAUCCCUGAAUCUUCCCGAUCCUCUGCAGACCGAACACACCAUCGUCACUCAGUCUUAUCUACUUUGUCGUCUUUUUCUGUAGCCUUCAAGUUCCCAUGUUAAAUAUGACUGCACACCACUUGGGCUUCAUAUGGAUGCAAACGCACACUGAAGUAGCAAGGACUCUAAUGUCCUUCAACCCAGUUCAUUCCAAGAGUUACAGCAGCAGACGUCUGUUUGGUGUGGGAAACUUUGUAAACUUUCAUCCAUUGGACACCAGGCAGUAUAUGACCAGAGAUCUGGUUCUGAAAUGGGGCGGUGAUGCCACUGAAACUCAAAAAGUGUAUUUUUGGACAAAUAUUAAAAAAAAAAAAAAAAAAAACUUAAACGAAACCAGAAGCUAGUACGCAUUUAAAGGGCGCCUUAUAGUGUUUUUUGUAAACAAACCAAAUCAAACAAACAAUAAAAAACCCAUUGAUCGAACAUUUCAAUACUUGGCUCCUUCUUAGCGUCCAGUGGAGCAGGAUGAACACACGUCUUAAUGUCACAUUUGGUGCCAAUAUUUCUAUCUGUAAUAUACUGUAGUAUUAGCACUUCCCUGCCAUCUUCUGCGUUUUCCAAAAUGUGUAGAGCUUGAAAGCUUCCUUCCUGUAUUUCUGACUGACAAGGCGAAAGGCUCCAAAGGUUUAGAAGGGAGCUUUUCUUAUAGAUUCUAAAUGACUGAAAAGAUGUGAAUCUUCUGGUGUUCAGCCACGUAGCUUUGCCUUCCUCUGUUUAUUUUGUGUUACAGUUUCACUGAUUGUCCUGGGCAUGAAGGCGCAGUGACGUGACUAUGCACUGAAACCCUGCCUCAUUCUGAACCCGGACAUAAAGGUCAAAACUGGUGUGUUUAGGUUGACCUGACUCAGUCUUACUAGCCUUAGGGAACACUCACCACAUGGGAAAAAUGAAGGCUUCACUUAGUUGUGCUUUUAUAUAUGUGCACAUUCAUUCGCAUAAAUAUAAUGUUCACGUAAUGGGUCGCUUUCGUCUUCUUUUUUUAUUUGAGAACAACAUGGUUUCCCUCUCUUACUUGUAACAUCUGUCGAACCCCCAUCCUGCUUUCAAAGUUGUGUUGUUACGGUUUGGGAUCCCUUGUAAUGACAGCCUUCACCCACAAUGUUUGUGCACUGUUUUGUAAGUCGAUGGUUGUAGUUGUUUGCCUGUUGUUGAAGUAAAUUCGCUACCAACCAUAUUUUAGACAUUCCAUGUCUCUCUCUCUGAGCUCCUGCUUUGCUUUUGGACCAAUUCCUCUUGGCCAAAAAAAAAAUGAAGAAAAUAGGGAAUAAAAUGCUGUUGUCUUCCAAGAAGAUUGUGAAAAGUGAUUUAUGGGUGAAAAAAAUAAAAUGGAGUUGAAUCUA